AAACUAAACUAGAAGGAGCUUUUCGAUCAAAUCCUUGAAUUCGAUUGAUGGGUAUCCUCGGCUGCGACGCCCAUGGCGAUUUGAACGAUGCAGAGUUCAGCAAGCCCUUACCUUCGAUUGGUAUCUACGUUGCCGUAGCUUCACUCAUCUGUGGUCUUGCCAUGGCCGCAGAUCUUAUUCACGGCUUCCGACACCGCAAAUUCUGGUUUCCCUGUAAGUUCUUCUCUCUCAACGCCACUUCUCUGACUUUCAUCGCUGUCGGAAUCAAACUCUCUGUGGAUCUCAACACUUCCAUGCCGAGUCGUCAGGAUCAGUUAGCUAAACUCAGCAGCACCGUCUUUAUAUGUACGGUGAUGGGCAAUUCGAUGCCUUCUCUGGGUAUAAUGGACAACAAUGAUCUCCUUAUGAAUCUUAUGGCUUUAGGGAUUCUUGUAAUCACCGAUGUUGUUAACAUCUGUAUUCAGUUGGGUACUGGUGCGAUUUAUGUUUUCUCUGAAGAACAUUUUCUGGUCGUACUUCUCAUGCUUCUUAUGCUUAUGAUCUUGUGUUUCUCGGCCACUACUGUUCCCACCACGAAAAGAAUCUUGGAGGCUAAGUACAAGAAGAGGUACGACGUUGCCAUGAAGUGUCCUUUGGCUACAGAGAGAACUGUUGCUAAGAAAAUUCAGCAAGAUUUGUCAAAGUUCUGGAUGAUGGCUCAUACUAGUAGUCCUCAAUUCGUGAUGGCUCGUUCUGUCACGUGCACUGCUUCUGGUUUCUUUUGUCUCUUGAGUGCCAUUACGCUUGGUGAAGCCAUGGUGAGGAGUUACUUUUUAAGACCAAGGUCACUUGGGUUCUGCCAUGGAGAUUCUGAUUACAAAUGGUCAACCUCUCUGGUUCUUGUUUGCCAGACUACUGCUGUGGCCAUAGGGACCAUUGCUCCUGCGAUCAGAUGGUUCACUGCUGUGAACUUCAGGUGUCCGAUUAGAGGAAAGAAGUAUUAUAGAGAUGAGUUUAGAGUAGAGAGUUACUGGACACAUUGGUUCUCAGAGAAGAAGCAACAUCCCUUAAGCCUUUGGAUCCUCAAAGAUCGCAGAUACAGGAAGAUUGCGCACAAUGCAAAACGCUGGAUAUUGGAUGUAUGUAUUGUGAUACAGUAUGUGAUUGUGUUUGGUAGCAAAAUAAUCCGUUACAUCUCGGUUUUCUGUGUGGGUAAGAUCUUGAUGUGCUGUUAUUUUGUCUUAAGGACCAGUAAUACUAUCACACACAGUGAGUCAGAAAAAUCCGAUUCUAAUCCAAGCUCGAGACAGGACCUUGCGAGUUUUGUCCUGCAUCUUGAAGGAGAGGAUCCGCUGGUGGAUGUUAUGGUGCGGAGCAACCGGGAAGCCACAGAUCAUUGGAUAGAGAAUGGCAGAAAGAAACAACCAGUGAAUCUGAUAGAGCUUUUGGAAGCAACAACACCCAUUUCAAAAGGAUUUGAAGGGAUUGCAGAGUUUGACAGCAACAAAGUGGCUUCUCUUGCCCAUGGAGAGCCACCCAAUUGUUGGGCUCUCCCUCUGGUAACACUCACAAGCAUCGCUGUUGCUCUUCCCGACAUAAAGCCCUCCUCCCUCAAGAAGUUACUCAAUGCAGUCAACGAGGCACUGGACUAUGUCAACAAGUUUGAAUGCGUCCUGGAUACAGGAGGAGAGUCAGUUAACCUCAGGAAAGCUGCUGAGGUAGUUUGGCUAGGAGUUGAUCUCUAUCACAAGUGGUUUGAUGUGGAUCUUCGGAAACUAUCAAAGCAACAAAGAACUCCAGAAGAAACUCUUCGGGACCUCAUGGAAAUCGCAAAGAAAGAGUUCUCAGAGUCAUGGCAGAUGAACCUGAUGGUGUGCAUGAAGCACAAGCCCUCUCACUGGCCCAUCAAGACUCUAGCGGCAAACUCCAUGUACCGAAUCUGUCAAACAAUUCUGCUCAAUUACGAACCAAGAGACUAUGGAACAGGGGAAGCUCUAUUGAGAAAGCUGGAAAGCACAAUAUCAGACAUAGUUUCAGGUUGCUUUUGCAACGUAGCACAAGUGAUAUCCGUCAAGUGUUUGGUGUCGGCUGUAGAAGUGAGGGAAGAAUCAGUAAGAGGAGCAGCUCUGCAUCUGGGAAGAACAGAGAAGAUUCUAGAGGUUUUAGAGAGAAGAAGGUUACCUAAAUUGAGAUGUGAUCAGAUGAAGAACAUCGAUGAAUGGAGAGCAUUCUACAAGAUAAACCCGUCUGAAUGUAAUAAUAAGAGCAACACAGUUUAUCCGGAGUCGGACGAACUGCGCCUCACUGUUGAAUAGUUUAUAGAUAUGAUGUUAAAGGUUGUAGCUUUCUCUGUUUUUUGUACCUUUGUGUAAUCACCACAUGGAUGUCAUUGUAUAUAGUAAGAAUCUGAAGCUUUUGAUAAUACACUUGAAGUGUCUGU